AAAUUUGGCAUUUUAUUCAUUUUGACAAGAUUGAUCAAAGUUUUGUGAGAAGACGUGAUUAAUUUUACAGUGUACUACUUUUUCUUUUUACCUUUUUCAAAUGGCAACAUGCACUUUAGGGUUCUUAGGACAAGAACAUCAAAUUAAUUAAGAUUCCUACAACAUUAAAAUUUAAAAUCGAAACGGCAGAGUAAUUAGCUACUCCGUUUUUAGCUGUCUUCUCAAUAACACCAUCACUCUCCCAUCUUCAUCACCUACGCCACCAGUCUACCACCAUGGAAGAAUCGGACUUCUACCCAGAUCGCAGACCCCAACAAACGGACCCCACAUACUCCUCCUCCGCCACCUCAUACACCACCACAAGCGUCCACGUCACCGCCCUAGACGGCCUCGUAAACGUAAACUCCCUCUUCACAAUCGCCGUCUUCGUCGGCCUCUCCCUCACCACUCCUGGCCAACGCAGCCUCGAGAAUCGCUCCUCCUGCGACGCCGGAAUCGAUGUCGCCAGAAAGCUCCUCGUAUUCGAAGUCGUCUCCUUCAGCUUCUUCCUCUUCUCGUCGCUGGUUGCACAAGGAUUAAAGCUCGCAAUCAACAUACUAAACAGUAAAGAUGUUGAUGAGGUUUUCAGGGCCCACAUAAACACGAAAGUAUUGAGGGUGGGGAUGCUGGGUUCUGCAAUUGGGAGUGUGAUGGGGUGCUUGUUCUUGAUGUUGUCAAUGGUGAAUGUGAUUGAGAUUAGGUUGGGUUUGUUGAGUUGUGGGAGUAAAUCUGCUACUCAUGCUGUUGCUGCUUUGGUUACUCUUGUUACUUCUGCUCUUCUUGUUUAUAUUUCCACUGCUCUUUAUGCUUUCAUGCAUUGAUUUGAUGAUGUAGUUCCCCUUUUUGGGGGGUUUCUUGUAUAAAAAUUCGAACACGUUUGUGAGA